AUGGGCAGCCUUUAUCUGUGGGUGCUGCUGUUCAGCCAGUUCGUGCUUUCUCUGCGGUAUGACCAAGAAUUUUCUGAGUACAAUCUCAAUGAGAACAAAACCGCAAAGGAUGUUCUUGAUUACUGGGGUCAAUGGCCAAAGCAUAUAUACAACCCAUCCCCUGCAAACUGGCGAUUUCCCUUCUACACAUUAUUUCUCGAUCGGUUUGCUGAUGGUAACCCGGAAAACAAUGAUAUUAAUGGGACGGUGUUUGAAACCGACACAAUUUCAAAUCAGUAUCGUUUUGGAGGAGACAUGGAUGGGUUGAGAGAGAAUUUGGAUUACAUACAAGGAAUCGGCAUCAAGGUUAGCAAACCUUCGGGAGUCUAUAUUGCUGGCACGCCCUUCGUCAACUUUCCUUGGAAAUCUGACAGCUAUUCGCCCUUGGACUUCAGUUUACUGGACAAACACUAUGGCACCAUUCAACAGUGGAGAUCAGCGAUCGACGAAAUUCACCGACGAGGAAUGUAUGUUAUGUUGGAUAGUACCUACGGAACUAUGGCCGAUUUGCUCGGCUUCGAAGGAUUUCUCAACAGCACCGCGCCGUUGAAUCCACUCGAAUACAGAACGGUUUGGAAAGAAGGGCAACAAUAUUCUGAUUUUAGACCGAGCAAUCAAUACAAGAAAGAGUGCAAGUAUCCCACUUUCUAUUCGGAGGUGGGAGUGCCAGUUGGAAACGAAACAGCGUUCCUCAAUGAACUUAAGGGCUGUUAUGACAGUGACUUUGAUCAGUAUGGUGCUAUGGACUCUGUGAGUCUAGCGCCUGACUGGCAGAAGUCUCUCGCAAAAGCUGCCUUGGUGCAAGACAGACUUCGAGAAUGGGUUCCAUCUGUCAGAAAGAAGAUCGAACAUUUCACCUGCAUGUUGAUCACUUCUCUUGAUAUCGAUGCGCUCCGCUUUGACAAAGCAGGCCAAAUUACAGUAGACGCAUUUGCGAGCAGCUCCAUGGCCAUUAGAGAAUGUGCGUCUCUUCUGGGAAAGGACAACUUCUUCAUCGGAGGAGAAUUCACUGCAAGCAAUUCCUAUGCAUCGAUUUACCUUGGUCGCGGACGUGAACCAGACAUGAGACCGAGUGAUCAGACGGAAAGCAUUUCUCUCACCAAUGCUUCCGAUGAUCGAUUCUUUCUUCGGCACCCAGAAAAGCAUGGAGCAGAUGCGGCAGUAUUUCACUACAGCAUCUAUCGUGCGCUUACUAGAUUCCUCGGCAUGGAUGGCAAUUUCACAGCGCCGGCAGACACCAGUGUUGAUUUCGUCGAUGCCUGGAACGAUAUUCUGAUAUCCAAUGACCUCAUCAACGUCAACACUGGGAAAUUCGAUCCGCGACAUAUGAUGGGAACUAGCAAUCAAGAUACAUUUCGCUGGUCAUCCAUUCGACAAGGAACAGAAAAGAUGCUGCUAGGGCAGUUCAUUACAUCUCUCCAGCUACCUGGAAUUCCUGUCCUGCUCUGGGGUGAAGAGCAAGAUUUAUAUAUCCUUGAUAGUACAAGUCCACUUGGCAUAUUCGGUCGGCAACCCAUGACCUCGUCACCCUCUUGGCAAAUACAGGGAUGCUAUGGACUUGGAUCAAGUCAAUACAACGAUUUCCCAGUCGAGGCGGCCUUGACGGGAUGCCACGACGACAAGGUAGGUAUGGAUCAUCGAGAUCCAACACAUCCAGUGCGCAACAUCAUCAAGUCAUUUUACCAUCUCCGAGAGCAAAUUCCUUCGCUCAAAGACGGCUAUUAUCUCCAGACUCUCUCCAAGCAAACACAUAAUGUCACUCUUCCCGGAUCUGGUGGCACUGCAACGGAACUCGGGAUAUGGAGUGUUCUUCGUGAUCAGUUCCCCGGUGUGAAUGACCUUGAUCCGACCAACAAGACCGCGGUUUGGCUCAUCUAUCAUAACGAGAACACAACGGUCUCAUACGACUUUGACUGCAGUUCGCCUGCCAACAGCUUGCUCGCUCCUUUCGCAGGAGGAAUCAAAGUCAAAAAUUUGCUGGCGCCUUACGAUGAGAUUACUCUACAACCAAGCCAAGUCAGGCUAGAGAUUCAUGGAUCUCCUAAUUUCAACGGUUGCGUGGACCGAGCUACUUUGAAACCUUUCGAGUUCCGUGCCUACGUCCCAAUAGCGCAAUGGAUACCUCCGCCCGUUGUGAUGACAGCAUUUACACCAGGUCACGAUGCUAGAAUCGAAUCAAACAUCACAGUCGUUGAUGAACAGAGUAUUGAGAUAGAACUUCAGUUCUCGGUAAAGCUUGACUGUGAUGCGGUAACAAAAAGUGUCGCUAUCUCGUCCACUACCGAAAGUCAGGCAAUUCCAAACAUCAAUGCAGAAAGUGUCUCCUGUGGGACGGUGACACCAGGAACUCCGAAGCAUAUUGGUCAAAUUCCAGGUGCAUGGUCCUGGAAAGCAACCUUGGACAACGUAACCCACGGUAUACAUGUCCUCACUGUCAAGAAUGCCUCAACAGCAACAAAAUCUCGGUUUACAAAUUCGGUUGAUCGCUUGAUGUUCCGUAUUGGGCGCAAAGAUAAUCCAAUGAUAUUCCCCAUAUCGGCAAACUACACCAACACUGGCCUCACCAAAUUCACUGCUGAUGACGGCUUCUUGGUACAUCACAAUGCCGUCGGUGCAGAUAAAUGGCGAUAUUCAACGAACUGGGAGAGCUCAUGGAGUCCGUGGAAAUACUACGAUGGGGGUUCAAGCCGAAUAAAUAGUCUGCCUUGGUCAGGUACAAAGCAACAGCGAUGGGAGGGCGAUCAUGUUAUUCUUCAGUAUUGGAGCAAAGCGGCUGGAAGUGGUCAACAUAUCCAACAUAUGGACUUACGAGGGAAGGACAAGGCACCAAGGCGAUUUCCCCAUCUAUUUGCUUUUGGAGAUUUCAAUCGCUUCGGCAAAGACAUUGGCCUCAAAAGUGCUUUCUCUCACGAUAGCAAGGAUGGCGCAUGGAAAUUCCACCUCUCUGCUGAAUGGCCCUCGAGACUCCAAAUUAAUGUUUGGGGAUUGAACGCGGACAACGAGCUUGAUCGUACCCUCAUUCUUGGAAACACCCUGAACAGCAGUCGACUCAAUCGACUUCAACCUGACUCACUUUCAGUUGCCGAUAAUAUUGUCAACUUUACUGAAUAUCCGCCUGCACCAUACAUGGCCUACCGAAUGGAACUGAACGAUGGCGACAUGCGAUUUGAGCUGGUUCCCACUGGUUUGCGCUUGCACCAACAGAUCAUAUAUUUACUGCUGUGGAUCCUUCCUAUACUGACCGCGGGACUUAGUGUCCUGAUUUACAUGGGCGCAUUCUACAACAUCAGUUUCAACCGCACAGGUGUCAGCUUGCCAUUUCAUAUUCUACCUGCAUUCCUCCGCCCUCGUCAGAGAUUCGAGAAAUUGAGUGGAGAAGAGACCAAAGCAGCAUCCAUGACUGAAAUGGCUGUGGCAUCUACCCCGGGGAUGUUCCCAUUGGCAGCUUCAAUCUCCUCGAAGAAAAAGCGGACUGUUUUACUGGCAACCUUGGAAUACGACAUCGAGGAUUGGGAAAUCAAAAUCAAAAUCGGUGGACUCGGCGUCAUGGCCCAGCUCAUGGGAAAAAACCUUCCACAUCACGACAUCAUCUGGGUGGUACCCUGUGUUGGGGGAGUCGACUACCCAAUCGACACAUUAGAUGAGCCUAUGGCCGUCACCAUCGCCAAUAGUGUAUACGAAGUGCAGGUCCAAUACCACAAGUUGCGAAAUAUCACGUAUGUUCUUCUCGACGCCCCUAUCUUCCGCCAGCAAACCAAAUCAGAGCCAUACCCCCCUCGGAUGGACGAUCUUCACAGUGCAAUCUAUUACAGUGCCUGGAAUGCCUGUAUCGCCGAUACUGUCAAACGUUUCUCCCACUGCAUUGACAUCUAUCAUAUCAAUGACUACCACGGUGCAGUGGCACCACUAUACUUACUCCCGAAUACCAUUCCGUGUUGUUUGUCGCUACACAACGCUGAGUUCCAGGGUUUAUGGCCGCUUCGCGAUCAGAAAGAGCUUGAUGAAAUCAGCCAAGUUUUCAACCUCGACGUUGCUAUCAUUCGCAAAUAUGUGCAGUUUGGCGAGGUCUUCAACCUGCUUCAUGCGGGAGCCAGUUACCUUCGAGUGCACCAACGUGGGUUCGGUGCGGUCGGAGUCUCAAACAAAUAUGGAGAUCGCUCCUACGCGAGAUAUCCUAUUUUUUGGGGCCUUAAGGAAAUUGGCAAGCUUCCUAACCCGGAUCCUUCGGACACAGAGCCAUGGGAUCCCGAGACAGAGGCCAACCAAGUCAUCAAGGUUGACCAGGCAUACGAACAAUCCCGUGGAGAUGACCGUUCCAAGGCGCAAAAAUGGGCCGGACUGAAUGUCGACCCGGCUGCUGAAUUGUUUGUGUUCGUUGGUCGGUGGUCGGUUCAGAAAGGUGUUGAUCUAAUUGCCGAUGUCUUCCCGGCAAUUUUAGAGAAGCAUUCAAACGUCCAGUUGAUCUGUAUCGGCCCUGUCAUUGACAUAGUAUUCUCUAAGCCAGAGUUCACGGCCUUGCCUCCCUUCAUCUUUACAGGAGCCGAGUUUGCUCUUAUCCCAUCGCGCGAUGAACCAUUUGGCCUUGUGGCGGUCGAGUUUGGUCGUAAGGGCGCAUUAGGUGUUGGAGCUUUAGUCGGUGGACUCGGUCAAAUGCCCGGUUGGUGGUUUCCCGUGGAGUCCAUGACAGUGAAACAUCUCCAAAAGCAAUUCAAGUUGGCCAUCGAAAGUGCCAUCGGAUCAAAGCAGAAAGAUCGCGCCAUGAUGCGAGCAAGUUCAGCUAAGCAGCGCUUCCCCGUGGCUCGAUGGGUCGAGGACCUCGAUCAUCUGCAGGCGCAGUCAAUUCGUAUGCAUGAGCAGGAGAAUGAUCCUUCGCGGAAGAAGCGAUCAAGUGCCCGAUACUCGCGCAACUUCAGCCAAAUGUCCUUUUUCUCGGGGCAAACUUCAACUCCGAACCUUGAUGAGAUGAAUCCCCUACCCAGAACUCCUCCCCAGAUUCCGGAUGAAGGUCUUCAGCGAACUCUCUCAUUGGGAGUUCGGGCCGGCCCUGGCCAUCAGAUCAGACGUACUGUUUUACAUGAGGGUACUGCAUUAACGCCCAGACUGGAAGAAAUCUCGGAUCCUGAUGAACAGCCCAUCUCUCCAGAAGCAGCGGAGGCAAUCAUAAAACAAGGGCAGCAUAGCUCUUCAUCAUCUGUGACUGGGAUUGACGAAGGCCAACGAGGUAGAUCUCUUUCGGUGACAACUCUAUCACAGCCUUCAGCGGUAGCUGGUCUUGGAAAUAAUGACGCACAUUCAAAAUCAAGGGGCAGGCUGAGGUCCUCCUCGGUACUAAGCGUGGACCAGAUCAAGGGAACACGUGAAAGUUUCUCCCUGGAGACUGCAGACCCGACGUUCAAAGACGAAAAUGGCAAAUAUGCUCGCUAUUUCCAGGGGAUGCUGCAACGCUUGACUGGCAAGAAUUCAGAAACCGAUCUUUGCAUUGAAGAGUUCAUCGUGAACAGUGAGAAGGAAUGGUCUGAUGGCAUGCGUGAAGUCAAGCUGGGUCGUGUAUCCAGUCGCAGCCCUUCGCCUUAUCUUGGAUCUCGAAGAUCUCCAUCUAUUAAUGCUCAAGACGAUGACGUUGAAGAUGAUGGCUCCAACUAUGAAGACUUGUCAACUCAAGUACUACUGCGACCUGCAGCCUUCAGUCGACCGCCCUUGAUCCAACGCUGGCUAUUGAGGCGCGUAUUCGAUUGGCCGGUCUACUCAAUUAUUCUGGCCUUGGGCCAGAUAAUGGCUGCCAAUUCCUCUCAAAUUACCUUGCUCACCUCACCAUCAGGUUCCAGUCCCGCCAGUCUCUACAUUUUGGGAAGUAUGUAUAUUGUCACAACUUGUGGUUGGUGGUUGGCAUUCCGGCGCAUCCCGUCAUUUUAUCUGCUCUCGCUACCCUUUGUAUUCUACAGUAUUGCAUUUUUGGUUAUCGGUAUUGCAGCAUUUAUUCCCAAGGGUGGCGGUCAGGAUUGGGCUUACCACAUUGCCACUGCCUUCUACAUCAUCGGAUCCUCCAGUGGAUACCUCUUCUUUUCGCUCAACUUUGGAGAUGAUGGUGGCUCGAAGAUUGAAUCUUGGGUGUAUCGCGCCUGCAUUAUUCAAGGAACUCAGAAUCUCUAUAUCGCCGCGCUCUUCUUUUGGGGCUCUGAUAUCGCAUCAGGAAACGGCAGAGCCGUUAUUGAAAACGCGGGCGCUGUUGCCGCAAUCACGAUGCCAAUAUCAGCUCUCUUGUUCGGUAUCGCCGUAGUCCUGUUCACCGGUCUACCCAGUUACUACCGUCAAACCCCCGGAAAAAUCCCGGCAUUCUACAAGAGCAUCCUCCGCCGCAAGAUCAUAAUCUGGUUUUCAGUCUCCGUGGUCUUACAGAACUACUUCCUCAGCAUGCCCUAUCAACGAAACUGGAAUUAUCUCUGGGCAUCCAAGUACGUGCCACGCUGGGCGAUCUUCCUGCUUGCCGUGGCAUUCUUCAUCGGAGUCUGGUAUGUGCUCCUAGCUCUAUUAGCUUGGCGAUCCAAGAGCCAUUCCUGGAUCAUGGCCAUCUUUGCUAUUGGACUCGGUGCUCCUAGAUGGGCACAGAUGCUGUGGAGCACAUCUGGCAUUGGCUGGUGGGUGCCGUGGAUGGCGGGCGGGCCAACUGGAUACGCGAUCGGCGCUCGCGCAGUUUGGCUCUGGCUAGGAGUCCUGGACUCCAUACAGGGAGUAGGAUUCGGUAUGAUCUUGCUACAGACACUCACUCGAAUUCAUAUCGCGGCGUCACUGUGUGCCGCACAAUUGAUCGGUACAAUUACUACGUUGAUUGCUCGCGCCAGCGCUCCAGAUCGAGACGGACCGGGAGAUGUGUUCCCUGACUUUUCGGCGGGUAUUAUCGAGGGAAUAUCAAAGCCCUGGUUUUGGAUUGCAUUGAGCUGUCAAUUAGCAAUACCUGUUGGGUUCUUCAUGUUUUUCCGCAACGAACAGUUGAACAAACCUUGA